AUGGACCAUUCAAACUCGGCCUCCAUUUUCCCGCUCGACGGCGGUUGUGCCUGCGGGCAUGUGCGGUAUCGCCUCAAGGCACGCCCAAUCGUCGUCCACUGCUGCCAUUGCACUUCCUGUCAACGUGAAACCGGGACUGCAUUCGCCAUCAAUGCCGUUAUCGAGUCCAGUCUUGUCACCCGUCUCCCAUCAGCACCACCGUCUGUCCCUGCAUCCAGCACUCAAGCCGUAAAGUCCGCCGGUCCGCCUUUGUCCAGCCAGCUCGAGGGUUCCGUGGAACUGGAGACUAUCAACACACCGUCGGAAUCGGGAAGAGGCCAACGUAUUGUCAGAUGUCCGGCUUGUCGAGUCGCUGUGUGGUCGCACUAUUGGGCUGCGGGUUCUCGAGCUCGCUUUAUUCGAGUUGGAACGCUGGAUGAAGCGUGGAAAGUCCGGCCUGAUGUGCACAUAUACACGCAGAGCAGGAGGGGCUUUUUUAGAUUGGACGAGUCGAUUCCGGCGUUCGAUGCUUUUUAUCCUAAUAUGGGGGAGAUAUGGAGUCAGGAGAGUUUGGAUCGAUGGGAGGAACUUAUGAAGAUCGAUGAGAUGGAAUGA